UGCAGCCAGACCGAAAGCGCCCAAUGCCAGAGACAGAGGGAGACGCCGCCGCAGGGGCUGUGGGCAGCCAGGGCAGCCGGGCGCAGGCCUCAGCGGCGGAGUCCGAAGGUAGGCCAACGUCCCCCGCUCGGCUCGCCCAAGGCAGAGACGCCCCCCGUUCAAAUGGCGGCGGCCUCGAGGGGCCGGGCUCUGGGGAACCCGAUGUUUGCACCGCAGCCCGCCCCAAACAAGCAGGGCCAGAGCUGCAGCCUGCCGACGGGAUCCGGCCCACCUUGGAAAGAGGGAGAGAGGAGGCGUCGAGGGGGGGCAGGGGUCCAAACGGAGCGCCGGAGACGCAGGCCAGGCAGGAGGGGGAGCAAGUGUUCCGCGCGACAUCCAACCUGGGGCUGGCCAUCAGCCAGACCUGCCCGCGGUCCAGUGCUGCGUACACGUUCUCCUCUGUUGCCCAAGUGCAGGUGGAGGAGAAUGUCAUCCCGGAAAGGCCAUCAGAAGAGGGCUCUUCCGGGCAACCAGGGACCCCCCUCCGAGGCAAAGUCUACAACUACUACGUUCAGUCCGUUUCCCAGUCGGUGCUGAAGGAAAGACCCUCGCACGCCCCCCGGGGCACCCAGCCCCUCCACGACCUAUCCACCAUCGGCCUGCCCAAUGACCCCGAGGGGCAGUUCUGCCAGAAACCGGCCCACAGCUCCCCAGCAGCAGAUGAGGACAGACCGGCACUGGAAGCCAUGGCAGCCACACCUUCCGGCCCUCCGAUAAAGCCGGGCGAUGAGCAAACUGUGGAGCCCGAAGCAUGGGAAACGGAGGGUGCCGGAGCAAAGGCUCCCCAGAAGCCUCCAGAAACAGGACGGGUCUUCAGCCGGAAGGAGAGCUUCCACAAAAUUGUAGAAAACCCAGAGCUUCAGGUGCAGAUGGAAGGAUUUGGGUCUCGGGACUCCAGCUCAGCAAGCCGUGGCACUCCGCCUCACAGCCCCCUCCGCGCCAGCUCUGUGGCGUCACUGGUGGAAUCCAUGCAGAGCCUCCAAACUGACACAAGGGAGGGACCCACCGUGGAGUUUGUGGCCGGGGCCAAAUUCUUCCAAGUCCCGCUGAGCCCCGAGGCCUCCGUCAAUGUCCACUUGGAUCUGGGGAACUGCUACGAGGUCUUGUGCAUGGCCAAGAAGCAGAAGCUGGACGGCCUCCGCGAGGCGGCGUACAAGGUCAUGAGCAACAACUACCUCCAAGUCCUCCGGACCCACGCCAUCUAUGGCCGCUUGAACGCCAUGGAGCGGGACCAGAUCCUGCAGAGGAGGAUGCGGGGCAAGAAGUACAUGACGGUAGCCGACGUCAGCUCCCAGGAGCACGGCCAGCAGGCCAGCAGAGUCUGCUACUACGACGACCAGACCGACACAUGGCACCCCUUGACGCACAUGCCGAUGGAAGCGGUCUCCAGGGGGUGUGCCAUGUGUGGCAUGUUCAACUAUCUCUUUGUAGUGGCUGGCUGCGAAGGCCGAGGCAAGCACCAGAAGCCUUCCAAACGGGUCUUCUGCUACAACCCCCUGACCAGCAUCUGGCGGGAGAUCUGCCCAUUGAACCAAGCCAGGCCACAGUGUAAGCUGGUUGCCUUGGACGGCUACCUCUAUGCCAUCGGCGGGGAGUGUCUGUACACGGUCGAACGGUACGACCCCCGGAUGGACCGCUGGACCUUUGCCUCCCCUCUGCCCAACGACACCUUUGCCGUGGCCCACACGGCCACCGUCUGCGACGGAGAGAUCUACGUCACAGGGGGGACACUCCGCUACAUGCUGCUGAAGUACAUCAGCCGGACAGACACCUGGAAGGUCACCCUCACCAGCGGAGGCAAGGACCGGACCACCGAGAUGGUGACGGCCAACGGGUUCAUCUACCGCUUUGACCUGAACCGCAGCAUGGGCAUCAGCGUCUACCGCUGCAGCGCAAAGGCCAAGCUCUGGUACGAGUGUGCGAACAACCCCAUGCCUUUCCCGGCGUGCUUCCAAUGCACCGUGGUGGACAAUCUGGUCUACUGCAUUGGCCGGCUCUUCAACAUCCGCUUCCUCGCAGAUUACGUCUCACCACGGUUCGGGACCAAGGAGUUACAAAACUUCCCGUCCCCACGAGGGACCCUCUUCCCCAUCACGUUGGUGCUACCAGACAAGGAGGCCGUGCAAACGAGGGUCUGAUGAGCUUUUGAGUCCCCGAGAGGGGGAAGUUGGUUCAUUCCACAGGUCCGCCGCUGACAACCAUGAACCAUCUUCUGCUCGCCAAUUUCCACGCAUCUGUCAAGGGAGAUGGAGCCACACGAUUGGCAGCGUCUGUUUAUUUUAAGAUACUUAAAUCCUUGUAAAUUUGCAUUCAAAUUAAACACAGUCUUUGGGGUCCUGGACGGUUGCCAGGACAGGCCUUGUUAGUGCAGAUUUCAGCAAAUGGUGCAUAACGGUGGCAGGACAUGUCUGCCGAACGUUGCCAUCCUCGGAAAUACUUUGGAGGCACAACCCGCAGCUGUGCAACUCCAUGCCCUCCUGCUUCCAGUUUGGGAAAUUUGGCUUCAGUUUGGGUUAUUAAUCUAUAGUUGGUGGGUGGGCAGGGGCGGUUUGCAAGAAUUUAAGAACUCUGAUGAAUCGUGUCAAAAUGUCCUGCUUCCGCUGUGGACAAUCAGAUGCCUCUGGGAAGCCCAUGAGUGGGUCAUGAAGGCAACAGCCCUCCCCCUUGGGGGUUGCUAGGUAGCUAGAGGUGGACCACCCCUGAAUCUGCAGUUUCCAUUUAGCUAUCACAGCAUCACAUCUUGUGGCACUGAGUUUCACAGAUUAGUGAGGCAGUGCAUGAAGGAGUCUUCCCGUCUGUCUGUCCUGAAUCUACUUCCCAUCAUUUUCCUUGAGUGACCCUGAGUUCGAGUUGCCAACUCUGACCGAAGAGAUUCCUAGAGAUUCCUCUCCCCCCACCCGCUCCCAAUUCUUAAUGCCAUAUCAAGUCAUUCAGAUCUCCAGGAUUCCCCCCACCCCAAUCUUUCCUAGAGAUUGAUGCAAAUGCUGGAAGCUUUAGAACCCCACUCUGAGUUCUGUUAUGGAAAAGGAAGGUGGAGACCUAACCCCAAGCUAUUCCAAUCAAAAUGUACCUUCUGUGUAGGAUAUACCAGAGUGAGUGCAGGGGUUCCAAUAUGCUAUAAAACCGCCCCCCUCCAUUCAUUUCAGUAGAGGAGCAACUCAAUACCAGGCAAUAAUGAACACAGAUCCUCUGCCCACAUGCAGAAUGCCUUUCCUUCACCCACUGAAUAACCCUGAUCAGCCCAAUUGCUACAUCUGAGUACGGGCCUCUGGUUCAGAGCGUUUGACUUCCAGAAAACCUUGAGAAACAACACUUCACUUUCUAGAUGAACAGAAAUCUCUUUAAUGACCUGUGUUGCAGUGAUAGGCAUAAUUAAUUAGCAAUUGUUAAGUCUCAGAUCGUCGCAUAAAAAGCCUGGAAUAUUCAUUUGUUAAUGCUCUGUUUUCAUCACCCAUAGUACAAGAUGCACGCUUAAUCAUAGACCUGUGUGGAAUUCAUCAUCCAUAUCUUUCAGCUUUGCGCUGCCAUCUUUUCCGGCCCACCCUUUUAGCCCUCAAAGCGGCCCCUACCAUCCUGUCCCGUGGCCCAGCGAGCAAGGCUCCCCCAGUUUUAAAAGGGCCUCUUCCUUCCCUCCUAGACCCCACACUGUGUGACAAUAUUCUAUUGCUGAUGUUUCCUCUCCAGAGCAGGCGGAAUGUGUGUGAACAUUCUAUGACCUCACAGACGUUCAGCCAAUGGGGGUGGUGGGAACCUCGGACAGCCAAGAAUAACUUUCAUCGCUAGUUGCCUUUAUAUAUUAUAUAUAGGCAACCAAAUUAAGGAGUCAUUAUUCAGGGUUUGAAUAUGCAAAUAAAACAAAUAGCAAGAGAAAAGGCCCU